AUGGAGACGCACUUGUCUCAGCAACCAGAUCAGCCAAGCUCAUCGCAGCGACAAUACACGACUGUUGGUUCGGUCUGGAACCCACAAUCAAUGCCGCUACAGCCUCCCGCACGUCGCGGUCGAGCUCUUCGAUCCGCUAUGCCUAUGUCUCUGCUCGAACCUUACCCGGAAGACCCCUUCAUUACCUCGGGUGCUGCACAGUCGUAUUCUCUCUCGCAAUAUUAUACACCUUUGCAGCAGAAUUUCGAUCGCGCUGUCAGUCCCGUCCAGACUAAUCGUAUACUAACUCACGAUAUACCUGUGCAUCCUCUUCUCAAGCGACUCUCCGAGUUCAAGGGGCAGGAUUCCUCUACUCCUUCCGUCGACAUGUCUCAGAAGAUUGUCCCAGCUAUUCCACUCCUAUCUGGCACUGCUGCUGCUACCCCCCACAAACAGGGCGAAGCAAACAACCACCAUGGCAAUGAGGGCAAUAAUUACGAGCACGAAGACGUAGAGAAAGAAGAGGACAUGAAUGUAACCCUCAAUAAUAUGUCAACUAAGACACUCACUAACUUGGCAUCCUACCCCAACCCCAUGCAAAAGGCUGCACAGAAAGUUCUCACCAAAGCUAGGCAGGCUCCUCCAGUAUCACAUCAUCAAGUCUCGGAUUCCAUCUCGCAGAACGGCGGGGUUUUGGGUUUUCCACCCGGUUUUGCCCCUAGGAGUAUCCGAUCUGAUGUCCGAUCUGACCCAGUCGACGUCGAUAUUCUCCUUCAGUCCGAUAGAUUCGACGGACGUAACCAUAAUCAACAUCCCGUUCCUCUUCGUCUGAGCAUUACUACAACUACCCGAGACCAUGUUCCUUACCCGGCCGUCUUAUCCAAGGGACCAGGCGCUCCGCAGCCCCUGACUGCGGGCCCUCCUGGACAACGUCACUUCCAGCCCUCGGCCUUCGACGGAGCCCCAAGUUCGCUGCGGAAAGGGUUUGAGAAGCCUCAUGAAUUCGACCCUUUCGGUGACGGUCUUCCUCACCAUCAGCCUUUCUCAUCCUUUCAGUCCCAGCAACCUAUGCAGUCUACACCUCGACAGCCCACCCCUUCAUACAAGAGUGAGAAUUUCUCCUCUAUUCACCCUCCUGCACUAUUUAUGAGCAAAGAGAGCAACACUGGCGCUAGUAUAGUUGACACGCUCACCUAUGAGAAAGCCAAGACGUUCUUCCCGAAGGGGUUCCCCCCAGACUUUAACUUUCACACCCAGCCAGUGGCCGAUGAUUGGGCAGAAAAGCAUAUUAAGGAGGAAGAAGAUAAGAAGAAGCGUGAAAAGAACAAACUAUUAUGGCAGCAGACACCCGAGUUCCAAGUAGCCUACAAAGAUAAGAUCGAUCGAGACUUCUACAAUGGGAACUACAUGAUCAACAAGAACUUGAGAGUAGCGAUCCAUGAGAAGUACACCCGUGAUAUAACACGUUCCCUCGGUUCUAAGUCUCAGGAAUCCCAAGAUGUCCCGAAGCUUAAGUUUGAGGACAAUGCGGAGGGCCGUAAUAUCUCGGUUGAGGAUGCCAACUCUAUCCCCACGCAUGAGCACGCUGAGCCGCUCCUCAGCGUGUUGUACCAGUCUCUUGAGAGAAACCAGGAACUCCUCUCACAGCAGAAACUCCCAAACAAUAGUGGACUGCGCUAG